AUGGCUACUUCCUCCUACGUCUUCCCAAUGUCAAGUCAUCUCCUUCUCAUUCUCCUUCUUCUUUCCUUCCUUCCUCCCUCCAUUGACUCGAUUUCUUUCAAAAUAGAUCGAUUCAAAACAAAUGAAAGUGAUACACUUUACCAAGGAGAUGCUCUUCCUUCAGUUGGAGCAAUUGAAUUCAACAAUAUUAAGUAUCUUUGUAGAGUUGGUUGGGUUAUCUACAAAGACAUUGUGCCAAUUUGGGACUCAAAAACAGGAAAAACCACUGAUUUCACAACCCAUUUCACCUUCAUAAUAGAUACCCAAAAUGUUCCAAACUAUGGCCAUGGAGUAGCUUUCUUUCUAGCUCCAAUUGGGUUCCAAAUCCCUCCAAACUCAGCUGGUGGCUUUCUUGGCCUUUUCAACACCACAAAUAGUGAUUCAACCAUCAACCAAAUUGUUCAUGUUGAAUUUGAUUCUUUCUCAAAUCAAGAAUGGGAUCCUCCCUUUGAACAUGUGGGCAUAAAUGUUAACUCCAUUGCUUCUUCUACUUACACUCAUUGGAAUGCAAGUUUACAUAGUGGGGAUAUUGCUGAUGUGUGGAUCUCCUAUAAUUCAUCUACGAAAAACUUAAGUGUUUGGUGGAAAUACCAAAAUGAGUCGAAUUCUUUUGAGAAUACAACUCUAAGUUACCAAAUUGAUCUCAUGAAGGUUCUUCCUCAAUGGGCUACAAUAGGAUUUUCAGCUGCCACAGGUAUGUAUUUAGAGAGACAUACAUUAUUUUCAUGGGAAUUCAACUCCACCUUGGAUAUAAAGCAAAUAAGUGAAGAUAAUGGGAACAAAGUUAAUGUAAUUGUGGGUGUGACUGUUUCAAUAGGAGUUACAAUUUUAAUGGCAAUUGUAGCCUUUGUAGUACUUUGGAGAUUGAAACAAAAGAAAAGAAAAUCAGAAGAAGAAAGGGCAGAGGAGGUAAACUUGACAUCAAUUAAUGAUGAUUUGGAAAGAGGAGUUGGACCAAGAAGGUUUUCUAGCAAGCUUCUUUCCAUGGCAACCAACAACUUCUCAAAAGAAAGAAAGCUAGGGGAAGGAGGAUUUGGUGCAGUGUAUAGAGGUUACAUACAAGAUUUAGAUUUAACAAUAGCUGUAAAGAAAAUCUCAAGGGGUUCAAGACAGGGAAGAAAAGAGUAUAUAACUGAAGUGAAGAUCAUUAGUCGACUUCGUCAUCGAAAUUUGGUGCAACUCAUUGGUUGGUGUCAUGAUAAAGGUGAGUUCUUGUUGGUUUAUGAAUUCAUGCCUAAUGGUAGUCUUGAUUCUCAUCUCUUUGGUAAGAGAACCCCUCUUGCUUGGGUUGUGAGGUACAAGAUUGCUUUAGGAUUAGCCUCUGCCUUGCUAUAUCUUCAUGAAGAAUGGGAACAAUGUGUGGUUCAUAGAGAUAUUAAAUCUAGUAAUGUCAUGUUAGAUUCAAACUUCAAUGUAAAACUUGGGGACUUUGGAUUAGCUAGAUUAAUGGAUCAUGAGUUGGGAGCUCAAACAACUGGGUUGGUUGGAACUUUAGGCUAUUUAGCUCCGGAAUACAUAAGUACAGGUAGAGCUAGUAAAGAAUCUGAUGUGUUUAGUUUUGGGGUGGUUGCUUUGGAGAUUGUCACGGGAAGAAUGUCAAGAAACUCCAUGGAAAUGGAAUCUCAUAAGGGUUUGGUGGAAUGGGUCUGGGAUCUUUAUGGUAGUGGAAAGCUUUUAAUGGGAAUGGAUGAGAAAUUGUUGCAAUCUGACUAUGACCAAAAACAAAUAGAGUGUCUUAUGCUUGUUGGACUAUGGAGUGCUUAUCCGGACCCUAAUCUAAGACCUUCAAUAAGACAAGUGAUUCAAGUUCUUAAUUUUGAGACAACAAUGCCAAAUCUUCCAAGUAAAAUGCCUGUUGCUGUGUAUCAUCCUCCUUCCACAUCAAUGAGCUCAAAUGAACCAUCAAUUACUGCAAGUCUUGAUGUGGGUCGCUGA